UGACACCACAGCCAGGCCACAAACAGCAGGCGAUAAAGCGCGUUGGGGGGACGGUAGAUCACUUCUCCCACGCAGGCGCACCAGCUCACUCGCGUCGGGCUCAGUCUCACUCUCGCUGACACCACACCAGUCAGUCGCUCGCGACCGACUCCCCCGAGGCGAGAGCGCAUGGCGGAGCGGAAGCGGAAGCGGGCGGCGGAGGAGUGGGAGAGGCGGAAGAGGGGCAGGAGGAGGAGGAUGAGGAGGAGGGAGGGGGAGGGGCUGGGGAAGCGGCAAGUGGGGUGGGCGGGCGACCCCGUGGAGGCGCUCGGGGAGGAGGUGAUGGGGCGGGUGAUGGAGCUCCUGGACGCGCGCAGCGUGGCACGAUGCACCGCGGUCUCCCGCGCAUGGCGCGGGGUCGCGGCCGACGACCGCCUCUGGGCACCCAAGAUAAAUUUUAUUUUACUCUUUGUUGUAAUAUUUUUCUUAAUCAUAUUCAUAUGGGUUUUCUGCAAAGAAUAUGCUGCCCAAAACAUUAAUCAUGUUUAUUAUGCCAAUAUGCCAUUGGUCACGGAGGAGGAUAUUCUCAAAGGGACCCAUGUCUACAGCUUUCUUAAACUCAUGAUGGGGCAUGGUUUGUGUGCUGAACUGAUGGCGGGAAAGGCACAUAUUCCUCGUUUAACAUCGAUCCGCACUGGAUCUAAGUUGUCUACUUAUUCAAUGGCCAUCAUGGAUGGCAAACGGAGUCGGAUCACGAAAGAGGAUCUCUGUGAUCAUGCAUGGGAAUAUCGUUUCACUAUAGCAGCACCAGAAUACUGGAGGAAUCUUGAUCCAUCAUGGAAGCACACUGGUCCGCCUAUGCGGCGCUACUUCCACCCUGAUGGCUACCACAGCGCAGACCCUCAUGACGCUGUGUGGGGUGGCCACGAGUGCGCCUACACAGUAAUCACAAGCUUUGUCGGUGACGGGCAGAUCAGGGAUCACUACGUGAGGAUCAACCGGUGGCCACCAUUGAAGGUUUCGAGGAAGGAUGAUUGGAGCUGGGAGCUGUCGAACCACCUCUACCGCUACAACAGCAUCCCCGAUGCUGACAAGAAAGGAUGCACCGGUCCUCUGUUUCCAGUCUGGUGAACACACUUCUCUGCUGCUAAGUCAUGAUCAGGGUGUCAUGAUCUUAUGCUGGUAGAAACUUGGCGUGUGCAGCAGGAGUUAUGUUUGGUACUGUAUUUGAACGCUAGCUAAGGUUAAGCUUAGGUGUGUGGGUCUGUAAUAUAGAAGCGCCUGAGCUAUAUAUCGUGGUGAUAAGCCCUUUCGUAGUAGUUUGAAAGUAUUUUGUUAAAACUUGUGCGUCUGUAAAAUCGCGUGAAUGAACCUUUACGUACAUAAGGUAUGUAGCAUACGCAAUAAUGCAACACUGCUACCUGCUGCUUAUCCUUAGUGCUUGCACCUCUUUCU